GAUCGAAGAUCAGAGCAAACAAAGAUAUAAAGACGCAAAAAAAGAUCAAGAAUUAGAAGAAAAGGCAUGUAUAAAACAAAAACAAGAAGAAAAAUUGAACAAAGAAAUUCAAAAGUUACAGUCAAGAGAGGAUAAAGAUUUAUGUUUAAAAGUGAAUGAAUAUCAGGAAAAACAAAAAGAUGACUCAAUAUUCAAAAAACGACAAGAACAGAAAAAAUCGCAAUCUGAAAAAAUAGAAAGAACAAUAAGAGAAGAAGAACAGAGACACUGGAAGCCACGGGAAGAUGAAAAUUGGUUACGCACGAGAAAAGAGGAGCGAAUUAACAUAAAUGAUAAACAUAAAUUAGACACAGAAAGUAAAGACGAAUACGAUCAUCAGAGAAAAGAUGAUAAUAAAAGACUCCAUCGAAUGGAAAUGGAAAGCUUAGAAAAUAAAAAAGCCGUGGGACGAUCCGAAAGAGAUGAAACUGAUUAUAUAUUUAGAACAAACGAGGAAAGGUUUCAGAAAAGAAGAGAGGAAAAGAGAAUCAGAGAAGACGAAACUGCUAGAUUAUUAUGGGAAGAAGGACAAAAAUUACGAAAAAGACAAGAGGAAGAAAUAUUCAGGAAUAAAGAAAGAAGAAAGGAGCAAAUAAGAGAAAGCGAAUGGUCCAGAAGACGUGAAAACGAAUCCGAUCGCUUCCUUAAAAACAUGUUGGAAACCAAAUACAAGCCCGACAAAUCGACCGCAAUGUUUUUCGACGUCGAUUAUUCGCGAGAGUAUACUUCACGAUUUGAUUCUGGUAUUUCGACGCUUUCUAGCACUUCCAGAUCGUACAGCUGGAGAGAUUCUUUAACGUCAUUAACUAGAACAAGAAUCGACGACUACUGGGAUCAUAAAUUACACGACUCUUUUAUGGAUAAAUAUUAUUUCGACACAGGAUCGUCGUACAGAAGGCGCAAGAAAAGAGAAAACCGUAUGAUUCGCGCGAGAUCGACGAGUUUGCUGAAAUACGAAGACUAUUCAACCGGAGAUAGUGAUGCUACCAUUGUACCUAGCACUCGACGUAUUCGACCCUUCCGACGCACAAAAACGGAAGCUAUCCCACGUAUCAAUCUCGACAUUUACGAAUUUCCUUCUAGCUACGCUGGCUUCGGUCAAACUGAAGAUCUUCCGUGGGACAAACCAAAAAAGCCAUCGUUUUGCACGAGACUGACGAACAGAAUCGUAGGAAUUGGCAUGAGAACAAGAUUGACCUGCACCGUUCUUGGUAAUCCGGAACCGCGCGUCUACUGGACUAGAGAUGGCCAAAAGUUAGAUGUAUCAGAUAGUCGGUGCAAAACGCGAUACGAGAACGGUAUGGCUUAUCUGGAAUUAUACGACGCACUUCCCACAGACGCCGGAAUAUAUGCGUGCGUAGCUGAGAAUACACACGGCAUUUCGAGCACCGAAUCCACCUUGAGCGUUUACUCCGAUUAUAAACCUACGCAUUCGCCUCCAACAUUUGUAAAAUCGAUUAAAGACACUUACCGAUAUUCCGAUCAGAAGCUCAUCUUGGAAUGUCGUGUACGAGCACAUCCGACUCCUUCGAUUUCUUGGUUGAAAGACGGGGGGCGGAUUCUUGAGGGCGAGCGUUACGAGCAGAUCUAUCUCGACGAUGAUGUGUAUCGAUUAGAGAUAGCGAAUCCUAAUGCCGCAGAUAAUGGACGAUACACGUGUCGUGCGGUAAACGAGCUGCACAGCGAGGAAAUAUCUCAUAUGGUUCACAUCGAAGAUUGGCGAUCCACGAGCCGAUACGAUCUAAAAUCGAGCGAUGAAACUGGAUCAGAAUUAACGCGACUACCACGAUUCUCCAAUCUAUUAAAGGAUUACAACGUGCCCGCUGGGGGCACCAUUGCUCUUCAAGUAGAAGUUAAAGGUACACCAGCUCCGGAAGUAAGAUGGUUACGCGGUGAUCGGAAGGAGCCGAUAGCCAUAUCGAAGGCGAGAACCUUCGCCGAGCGUGGACUUCACACAUUAAUUGUACCCGAGGCGACAGAAUCGGAAAGAGGCACAUACGUGUGUAGAGCGAUCAAUGCUUACGGACAAGUGGACACGUCGGCGACAGUAGACGUAAUAUCAUCGAGCACUAUCGAUGGCGGAAAACCGGCGGUGUUCGUCUCGAGACCGUCCAAAAAAUCGAUUGACGUGACAGUCGGUGAAGACGUCAGUAUAUCCUUCCGAGUCAGCGGUACCCCUAAGCCACGAGUAAACUGGAUGAAAGGAUUAACGGACAUCACGGACGGACCGAGAUCGUACAAGGAGAGUAUUGAUGAUUAUGUCAGAUUAACGUUAAAAAGAGCCGUACCUUCUGAUGAAGGUACCUAUUGCAUUCUUGUUAAGAAUAGAUAUGGCUGCGACAGAAGCUUCUUCUCGAUCAAGGUGAAGCAACGCGCUAGGUCAUUGACCCCAUCGCCAGAUUGGAAUUCCGUUACCGAGCGUGACGCAGGCGAAGAGCACGAUGAUGACAUGUCAUAUGUGAGAAACGUACCUGGUCCGAUUAGUAGCGAGCCCGUCGCCGUUGAUGGCGGAAAGAAUUGGUUGUCGCUGACUUGGGGUAAAGCAGAGAGAAGAGGACCAGCUCCGGUAAUCGCUUAUAAAGUCGACGCUUGGCUUCUUGGAAGUGACGGAGGUGCACGAUGGGUAGAGCUGGGAAUCACGCCGAUCAACGCGUUCGACGCGUUCAAUUUGCGACCGGGUGGAGAGUACAAGUUCCGCGUAACCCCGCGAAAUCGUUACGGAUGGGGCGAACCGGUUACCAUGACGAAUUCAGUUUUAGUGAGCGAAAGUACAGAUCUUCCGGAAUUCACGAAAAUCUUACCGGGUCAAUUGAAAGCUCUCGAGAGAACGUCGAUAAAAUUGGAAUGUGAGAUUCGCGGUGAUUCCAAGAUAGAUGUACGAUGGUACCGUGAAACAACGGAAAUAGAUCAGCACAGUGACCCAAGAUUCGCGAUACAUCGCAAUGGUUCCAAAUGUUUCUUAACAAUUGCGAAUAUCAGAGAGGAUGAUUCCGGGAGGUAUGUUUGCGAGGCAAACAACAAGAUCGGUAAAGUAUCGUCGUUCUCUAGGGUUCUCGUCGUUAACGAUCCAAGAAUUAUCGAGGCUGAUAUAAAACUCAGAACAAAUUUGAGCAUCGAACCGGAAGAUAAACCGCCGCAAUUCACCAUGAGAAUACGGGACAGGCGAGUGCAGACAACUUAUCCGGUAAGGCUUACCUGUCAAGUUAUUGGGCAUCCCGUUCCAGAGAUUACAUGGUAUAAGAAUGAAGCAAAGAUCUCCCAAGACGAUCGUCAUAUCUUCUGGGACGACGACUCAAACUUCCACACCCUGGAAAUAAUUCAUUCUACCCUCGACGAUUCCGGAUGUUACAUGGUGACAGCGAGGAAUGUAAACGGCUCGGUAUCUUGUCGAUGUAAUCUUGUGGUGGAUAAGGGAAUUCGAGCUUACGUUGCCCCAGAGUUUUUUCGCGGUCUCGACGCAGCUUACACAAUUCAAUCUGGCGGGGAGCUGCGAAUGUCCGCGCAACUCGAAGCUUAUCCGAGUGUUGGUGUCGUCUGGCAUCGCGAUGGUAUUCGACUACGACCUAAUAGAAGAGCCGUAAUGACAUUGAGCCACGACGGUACUGUCCAAUUCUCUCUGCCUAACAUCACUGCGCGAGAUGCCGGAGUUUACAGCUGCACCGCGACGAAUGCAGUCGGUCAUGCGGAGACAUCGACCAGGGUGGCUGUCAUCGCGGAUGCAAUUCCGGAUCAAUCGUCCAUUGAUGGAUCAUUCAACGUUAUGAGUGCAUCUCCGGAUAUACCAUAUUCCAAGGAGCCACUUUUUGUCACGAAACCAUUAUCAACCGAAGCAGUUGAGGGAGAUACGGUCGUCAUAUUCUGCGAAGUCGUCGGAGAUCCUAAGCCCGAAGUAAUAUGGCUGCGCGAUUUUCUAAAGCCCGAUUAUUACAAGGACGCGCCUCAUUUCCGGCUGGUGGGCGCAGGACCACAAUAUCGGUUGGAAAUACCUUACGCCAAACUCAACUUCACUGGAACGUAUUCCGUGAUCGCUCGCAACUGUCAUGGGGAAGCUAAAGCUGUAAUUUCCCUGCAAAUUUAUGCCAAAGGUCAAGGCAAAGAGGAACAAACACAAAAAUCUCACGGAAAAGUGAUGACCCUUCCGAUUAUAAAAAGGGAACUGCGAGAUCUCAGGUGCUGCGACGGUGACGCUGUCUCUCUGGAGUGUAAAGUUUACGCCACGCCGGAACCGCCGUUUAUUCGUUGGGAACGAGGAGGCAAAAUUAUAGCUAUGACGGGCGAUUUCGCCACCGAGUUCGAUGGCGAAACGGCGCGAUUAAGUAUUCAGCACGUCUAUCCAGAGGAUGAAGGAGAGUACACGUGUGUGGCUUACAACGACCUUGGGAAAGCGUAUACAUCGGCGUGCCUAGUUGUGGAUGUACCCGAGGGAAAGGAAAAUAUACUGAGUCAAAGAUUGACGAGGCCAGUAGGUCUACUAUCGUCAGGAUCAACGCCGAGAUCGACACCGCGAUCCACGCCAAUCAGGAGUUUAUCACCGGCGGUUUCACACGGACGCGAAUUCAGAUCACCGCAAGUUUUGCCGCGAGGCGGCACGUCGUCGAAACGACCGAAGGUUUGCCCACCGAAAUUUUACGCGGUGCCGCACAAUCGUCUGGUCCAGGAAGGCGAGACUGUACGUUUCCAGUGCGCGGUGAUCGGUCAUCCCACGCCUUGGGUAAGAUGGGACAAGAACGGUAGCAUCGUGACACCGAGUGCGAGGAUCUCCAUCAAGGAACGAGACGAUGUUAAGAUACUUGAGAUUGUUGAUGUAAUGCGGGAGGAUGCCGCUCUCUAUAGAGUAACGGCGGAGAACGAUUUUGGUCGGAUCGAGGCCAGCGCUCGUCUUGAAGUAAUAAGUCGAUAUGAAUCGACAAGUCGGACUAUCAGGACUAGAAGCGCUUCACCUAGGACUUAUCCUUCCUUCGAUCGGAGCCUACUGUCAACUACUAGUAGAAUAAGCGAACGUUUGCAGCUGGAAUGCCGCAUAAGAGGAACACCGAGUGUAACGCCGACGUGGUACAGAAAUGGACGACCUUUGGAACGAUCUGCUAGAAUAAAGAGAUAUUUUGACAGCACGACGGCUAGAAUCGAAAUAUCGAAAGUAAAGGCCAGUGACGCGGGUGAAUAUACCUGUGUAGCGACCAAUGUCCUUGGAUCAACGAGAAGUACUUGUGAGGUAACCAUAUUAGAUCCGCGCGAUUCGUCUAUUGCGGACAAGGACGCACCGCGAUUUCUCCGAUUAUUGCCGGAAGAGUCGAUUGUCAUGGAAAAUCAUUGUCAUGAAUUUCAGACAGGAAUCACAGGCACACCUCCUUUCGCGAUCACGUGGUCCAAGGACGGUCGCGAGUUACCUGACAAUGAUUAUUAUAAAUACGUUAUAUAUGGAGACGGUGGCAUUGCUCUUAGAUUAUCCGAGGUUCGCCCGCAAGACGCCGGUGAAUACACCUGCGUUGUGCGAAAUGAUUUCGGUGUUGCGUCCUGCAGUAGCCUCUUUGCUGUUCAAGACUACAAAGACGUUCCCAAAUUGGCAUUACAAUUUACAAAAACUCCACUAUCAGUAAUCGGCGUUAAAGGCGCUACCGCUUGUUUCUGUGUUCGAACGCAGUGUGAAAAAACCGUGGAACUUACUUGGACGAUUAACGGGAAAGACGCUAGAGAAAAUACAAAGUGUAAGAUCGAAAGAGAUGGCAAUGUCAGCAUUUUGAGAAUACGCGACAUAUGUUCGCGCGAUACAGGAGAGAUUAGAUGCACAGCUUCCGUAAACGGAAAGGGUCCAUCCAUCAGUUGCGUUGCCAAUCUGCGAUUACAACGUUCGCUGGACGACAGAAGCUCCCCGCCAGUUGUUGCAAUGACAAAGCCCGAAGAUAUUCAAUCUCAUGCACAGGCUAAGCUAUCGUUAACGAACAUUAAUAACACAGGCAUGCCAGAAAAAAUCACGGAGCUAUCGUCAUUAAAACAUCGACGACGACGUGAGGAAUCACCGACGCGAAUCAGAUCGUCUUCGUUUCCACGGCGGAUCGUAUCUUACGCUAAGAAUGUUUCUCCUUUGCCAGCGAGAAAAUGCGUUCUUAACAAAGCGUCAGCUGAUAUUGAGAAAUCACGAUUUGGAAGCGAUCUAUCGCGACAAAGAAUUACAAAAAAGAAUUUAGAUAAUAACGUAGAAAUUUCGAACGAUCGAAAAUUGUCAUCGUCAUUAAACGAGACAAAUGAGACGGAUAUCUCGAUGAAUUUAUUAUCACCAAAGAAAACGGAAGUUAAUUUAGAUACUAAUAUCGUAUCGAAUGAAGAGCGUGCGGAAACACUCCUAGAAGAGUUGAUGAAAGCUACGAUAGUAAAAGAUCCAGCUGACGUUACAGUAUUUAAAGGAAACAGCGCAGUAGUCAGAAUAACUUAUCAAGGACGUCCCGAACCGACAAUUAAAUGGCUUCGAGUGAAUCGCGAACUGCAGCCAGAUGAGAAGAUUAAAAUAAUCAGCGGGAACGGUACGUCUUGCCUGACAAUAGACAAUGUGACAUAUGACCACGCUGGAAAAUACGAAGUCUCAGUGGAAAAUUUAUUGGGCAAGGAACGAAGAUUUUUCAGUUUAGCUGUGGAAGGUCCACCCGAGCCAGUCGCGGAUAAACCGAGUGUGAACCUUAGCACUGGCCAAGCUACGAUCGUUUGGAGAUCGCCACCUUACGACGGAGGUCGCACGGUGAUCGGAUAUACGGUGGAAGCGAAACACACCGGUGAAAGCCCGUGGACGGUAAUUGCCGAGUCUUGUCAUUCGCUGAGUUAUACGGUAUUGUCAGCUGAAACGAAUUCUGUGACACCGGGUGAGAGUUACCGUUUUCGCGUCCGAGCUGAAAAUAUUCACGGUCUUAGCAAUCCUAGCAUGGAGUCUGAUCCGGUCAGAAUCCCGAAACAAGGAGAAACAAUGUUGCAAGAGGAAGACGAAGACGAAUUCGAACCGAGCUUUGCAGCUCGUACAGUAGAACCGGAAGAGGGAAAACUUUUCGGCGAAAGAUACAAUGUUCUUGAAGAGCUAGGAAAAGGGCGAUACGGUAUAGUUAAAAAGGUCAUCGAACAAGCGACGGGCAUGAGUUUCGCUGCCAAAUUUGUCAAAACAAUCAAAGCGAAAGAUCGCGAACAGGUGCGCGAAGAAAUCAAAAUUAUGAACGCAUUAAGACAUCCUAAACUUCUACUACUGGCUGCUGCUUAUGAAAGUCCUCGCGAAACUAUACUGAUCACGGAAUAUAUUUCAGGUGGAGAACUAUUCGAGAGGGUGGUCGCCGACGAUUUUACUUUAACCGAGAGGGACAGUAUUCUUUUUAUGCGUCAAAUUUGUCAGGGAGUCGAAUAUAUGCACAAGAACAAAAUUGUACAUCUCGAUUUAAAACCCGAAAAUAUAAUGUGCCGUACGCGUACUUCUCAUCAGAUUAAACUGAUCGAUUUUGGAUUGGCACAGACUUUAAAAUCCGAUACACCGAUCAGAGUGCUUUUUGGCACACCGGAAUUUAUUCCACCGGAAAUCAUAAGUUACGAGCCAAUCGGCACCGAGUCCGACAUGUGGAGCGUCGGUGUAAUUUGUUAUGUCCUACUCACCGGUUUGUCGCCGUUCAUGGGAGAUAACGAUGCCGAGACCUUCGCUAACAUCACACGGGCAGAUUAUGAUUUAGAAGACGAAGCUUUCGAUGCCAUAUCGAAUAACGCCAAGGAUUUCAUUAGCGGAUUACUUAUCAAACGAAAAGAAUUACGCAUGUCAGCCACACAGUGUUUAGAACAUCCUUGGAUAGCGCAACACAUUACGACAAUGAGCAGAAUAGUUUUGCCGACUGAAAAACUAAAGAAGUUUAUUAUACGAAGAAAAUGGCAGAAAACAGGCAAUGCCAUUCGCGCACUGGGAAGAAUGGCAAUUCUUUCCGCACAUAAUAGACGCAGUCCCACAGCAACGGCGGAGUCCUCACCUACACUCGAACAACGAUUCGAGAUGCAAUAUUCCGAUGAUAGGCUUAAAUCAAUCCGCACUGCUAUCGAUGAAGAUACGGUAUGUGUCGUGACAAGCGUGAAAGAAAAUUCUGCCGAGGCAGAACCAUGGACGCAUCCCACGUGUGUGACGGAAAAAAAUACCGAGAUACAAAAGACACCGACGAAGGAAGAAAGUAGCAUGAGUGAUCUUUCAAAUCAGAUCGAAAAGAAAACAUCUAAAUUACAUAUCGAAUUAAUUCCAAAAAUACAAGACAUCACGACGCGUCUGGAAAUUUUAACGUCAAAAGAGAACGGGAAAAGUGACAAAGAGUUUAUCGAAAAAUCUUACCAACGGGACACGAUUCCGAAAUCGCAAACAUUGCACAGGGUAUUUCGUGGCGAUUCGCGCGAUUCCGGAAUAGGUGAUUGCGGUUCGAGCCAGAUGACAUCCUCGUUACAAAUAGAUGAACUAGAAAUAGAGUCCACUAUCUUAGAAGAAGUAGAUCAUGAGACUCACAACCGAGAAAAUAAACGAACAUUGAGAAAGGAAGAAAAUCAACAAAAUUCUACGGAGGGCAUGUUAGCAAAAUUAACACAGGAUAAAAAGAAUCCUCUUUCUUACAAUACCGGAAUUAUUACGAGCAACGACAAGGUAGCUACAAAGAGUGACGUGACUAAAGCUUCGUGUGAAACUAAUCCUGUGCGGAAAGUUGCCGAUGAGAAUACGAACGCAAGGAUAUUAAGCGGACGCAAUCGCGAUAAAUUCCUUCCAACCGGAAACGUAAGUCGCACGGCCAAGAUAUUCGAAAGAGAGAGUGGAACAUCGAAAUCGGAUAAUUCACAGAUUCCGCAACGCGCGUGUCCUGCUUUGGUCACAGCAAAGCCGCACAACGAAAGAAUACAGAAAGCUUUUGCGUUUUGGAAUAAAUAAAGAUAUCUGUUGAAAAUAUACCGACACCGAAAUCAAAUAUAAAUCGAAGUAGAUAGAACUUCGUACCAUUUUCAAACGAUAUAGAAAUGCAUUGUUUAUGAGAAAUCACGAAUUAUAGAAAUAUUGUUCUUUACGCACUUGUAUGUACAGUAGUGAUGUAUAAUCUGUUGAAUAUAUAUCUGUUGAAGUCAUAA